GCCUCGCACACCCCCCCAGUCUGUGACUGAGGACAUAAAGCUGCUUUACAUCAUUUGACUUGAAUAGUUCACCGUUCACGUGUGACAAGUUUGGUUACGACUUAAAAUGACACGUUUGUCAUUUGGAAUUAAAAUAUAGGCUAAUCACAACGUUUGUUUGUAACAUAGUAACACCGUUUUGAACGCCGAUGACGGAACCUGGAUAUUGCCGUCUUUGAUGCGAGGAUGAUUUCAAAUAGUUAACGUUAGUUAGUUGCGCAUAACGAUUUUUUUCCCCCCCAAAACGAAAGGAAACCGUUUCACUGACCUGAAAAAUUUGACAUUAGCUGAAUCUUCUCAUCCUGGACUUAAUCGAAGUAUAGCCACAUAUGAGAGAGACCACAAACGACAAUGUCGAAGACACAAAAAUCAGAGUCCAGGUCUCGCUCUCGAUCGGCCUCCAGAUCAAGAUCCCGUUCUUAUUCCCGCUCCCGCUCCAGUUCCAGAUCUAGAUCAAGAAAGCGCAGAUAUGGCUCUAGGUCUCGCUCUCGAUCAAGAUCCCAUUCCCCGCCCCACAACCGUGAACGGAACCAAACACGGGAGUACCAGAACCAACGGGAGUUUCGGGGCAACCACAGAGGCUUCCGGAGGCCGUAUUACUUCCGGGGCCGAGGUCAAGGAUUUUUCCGUGGCCGUUUUCAGCGUGGAAGGGGUGGAUAUAACAACUACCAUCACAAAAACUGGCAAAACUUCCGGCAGUACCCUCAGCAGCAACAGAAGCAGUACUACCCCAACAGCCCCAAGAGGGGCCGUUCACGCUCUCCCAAGAAGCAGUCCAACAGCCCGCAUCCCCGCAGCCAUUCCCGCCGCUCUGACAGGUCAUCCUCCGGGAGAUCGCCCCAGUCGCACCACUCUUCCUCCUCCAACUCUGGGUCUGCCAAAGGCACUUGCAAAGAUAUAAGACAGGAUGUCUCAGUGCCCGAAGAAACUCAAGGAGGUGGAGAUGGGGCUCUGGCAGAGCAGGUGGGAGGCUCUUCUUCGGCCGAAGGGAAUGCUGAUGGAGACAGGACUUUGGUGAACUCUCAGGUUUUGACGAACCAUGACGCUAGUCCUAAAAGGACAAGUCUGCAGGUUUGCUCCUCUGUCACUAAUGACAAAUCGAUUGACUCUGCAACCAACGAGACAAGUCCUGCUCAUAAGAGUUUAAAUGCUACAAAUAAAGGUGCCACCACCUGGCAGAAAGUUGCAACUGCACCUUCAAACAGCCCCAUAAAGAAAAGCCAUAGCCCAGUUUUCAAUGGUUUUGGGCUCUUUACAAAUAUUGACCAACAGACAGAUGAUAGAAUUGCUAUCUCCGCUGCAUUUUUGAAAUUCCUGGAGGAGCAAAAUGUUAAAAAACAGGCCUCUGAAUGUGAGAACAACACACACAAAGGGAAAAGUAACAGAGAAUUAGUAUGCGAUAAAGAAAAUGUAGGAACCUUUGAAAAGGGCAUCGAGUUGUCUCGCACUAAAGAUCAUGACAACGCAGGAGAGAAGGAGAAAUGCAAAUCUACAAAGAGUGGUGAUGGUAAAAAGUUUUCCAUAAGCACCCCUAAAAUGGGUCCACGAAACACCCCAUCAUUUCUGUGCGAGGAUGGUGAGGACGAAGUUGAAGAGGGGGAGAUCUCUGAUAGAGUGAGGGAUAUGGAAAACAAUUCCUCCAAAAGAAAAGGCAAAGUCACGCUGUCCGCUCGUGAAAUGUUCGAGAAGCGAAUCAGAAGGAUGCAGGACAUGCCAUGGGACGAUGAGCUGGAGGCUCUCCUGCUCUGCCAUAAACAGGAAAGAGCAGCGAAAAUCCUAGCUGCUCUCUCUAAGAGAGAGCAGCUGAGUGGCAUGCUCAAGGAUCCAUCCCCUGAAAAGCUCUCAAAUGUGAAACGAAAAGAGAAACCCACACUGCUGCCCAGGAGGAGUUCUGAGAGCCGCGAGCAAGAGAUGUUUGUGGUUAUGAACGAGGAAUCCCCACCAAGAGCUUCCGUGAAAAGAGGAAGUGAAUUCAGUGUAAGGAUGGAUUCUCUCAGUGAUGACCUGGCUAGAACAUCUGUUUUGACCAAUGAAAGAAGGCAUCUUCUGGAUCUUGUGCAUCUUGAUGAAAAGGAUUGGGAGUUUCAAGCUGUCCUUCAGCAUCUUCAGGCUCAGCAGUCACCCAGAAGUCCAUCUGAGCUGUUUGCCCAACACAUAGUUUCAAUUGUCCAUCACAUUAAAGCUCAAUAUUUUCCUUCUUCUGGAUUGACCCUAAAUGACCGCUUUGCCAUGUACCAGAGAAGAGCUGCUGAGAAAGAACUCAUUAAGCAGAGAAAGAGUCCAGAGAUACACAGGAGAAUUGAUGUUUCUCCCAGUGCUUUUAAGAGACACUCUCUGCUGUUUGAUGAGAUGAAAAGCACCAUGGAAAACAGCUUCAAGGUCGAUAGUAAAAAAUCAAAAAGUGAUUCAAUGGACCUUCGGCUGGAUAUUGAGCGCAGAAAGAAAUACUUGAGUGGAGAGAGAGAGCAAAGAGAGGAAGAGUACGAAGAAAGAGUAUCGGGGGAAUCUCCCGAACCAAGAAAGGAAACAUCCACUGAGAAAGCCUCAAAGAACCACAAAAAAACAAAGAAAAGCAAAAAGAAACGAGAGCGUUCUCAGUCAUCUUCCUCAUCAUCUUCUGCUUACCAUGAAGAAGAGGCUGAGAUCAAGCCAGAAAGCUUAUCCAGAGUCCAGCAGGGGUUUAGAGAGCAUGGAGAGCCUGUGGAGAGAGGAAGAUCACGAGGAGGCUUUCAGCUUAGCAUACGUGGUAGAGGUUGGAACCGAGGAAAUUUCCAUGGAAACAGCAACGGUGAUUCACAGAUGAACAUGUCAGCGAAGAAUGAAGACUGGGAUCAAGAAUACACUAGCAAGAGCAAGAAAUAUUUCCUACACAGUGAACGAGACGGUGAAGGUGAGCGAAAGCUGAUGAACACGCGCGGGUCUGGUCGCGGUAACAUUGUUCGUGCAAAGGGACGUUUCAUCCUCCGGAGGGCCACAAAUACCAAAACCACCAAUAAUAUGAGCCCUAAAUGGGCCCAUGAUAAAUUCCAGGCCACUGAUGAUGAGGGCGAACAACAAGGAGAUGAUGUAGAACAGGACCAGUGAGAAUGGAGCAGUAAAGACGUUGAAGAACAAGGAGAUCCCUCAUCAUGUCUAGAAUGGAUAUCCUAGAAUUAUGGAUCCAAAUCUUUUUGAUAGGAAAGAGGCCUUUUUAUUGUAUUGCUUUUUUAUUUCCUAUCUAAUCAUGACAGGCACUGUUAAAAGCAACUGCUCCAACAUUUAUCAUUCUAUCCCUACAUCUCUGGAAGAAUUGGUGCCCAAGUGCCUCCAUUACGAAUCCUUUUUUGCACAAGACUUUUGAAACAUGCGAACGUAAAACACAGUUUGAAGUAGUGAUUUGAUAGACCGAUAUAAAGGCUAGGCCAAUUGAUUGGCCAUUUUAAGGCUAUUAAUAUAACCAUAUGAACUUACAGCUUUGUCUAUGGAUAGUAAGAAAUUUCAUUUGUGUGUGUGUGUGAAUAGUUAUUAAAUGUUACAAAUACAGUACAACUCAUUAUAUCGUCUGGUGACCAUAUAUAUAUCGGUCAUCGGACACUCUACUUUCUAGAUGUUGAUAUUGGUUUAAAAAAACCUGUUUAGGUCAGCUUCUAGUUCAAAUGUUAGGUGCCUAAGAUGUGCCUAAAGUGUAGAAUGCCAGUAUAUAGUAACUAUACUGUAGCUGGUUAUGUUCUAUGUUUUUGCCUUAAGAAAGGACAUUAUUACUGUUGAAAAAAGUUGACAUUUGACAUAUUGACAUUUUAUGGGCUUAAAUGAAACUCUUUGAGACCCUUGUGUGUCUGCUGGUAGAAAAGAAGAUCUUGAUUUAAUGACCCAGUCUCGCUAUGGGACCAAACAACAUGUAGAAAUUCAUGUCCCAGUGAGUGACGUGGGGGAAAAAGAUUUAGUUGUACAUAAAAUAUUUUGAAGACUGUUAACAAUUUUAGAUUUCUCGGGUUGCAGGGUUUUGACAGUAUGUGUGUGCAUAUUUUAUUAUGGGUUUUCUAAUGUAUGCCUUUUUUCUAUUGGCUAAGUACAUUCUUUGGAUGAAGUGAUCAAUUUGGCACUUCGAUAUUUUAAUAAAAAGAUUUAUGUUUGGGGGAAUUUAUUUGAAGAGUUAAAAUAAAAAUAAAACUUAUUUGGGGGGACAUGAAUAAUUUACAUUCAUCGUCAAGAGUGGAUUUUAAUUGUCUAGGUUCUGAUUUGCACUGUGUCUGAAAUAUACAUUUGACUUGCAUUUAUAUACUCACAAUCAGAAAGAAUAAAAAAGCAACAAUUUUC